AUGGCAACGAAGGCUAUUGAAGAAGCGUUUCAACGGCACCCAAGGCCCCAAGUACCAACAAAAGCAGCACUACUGCAAAAAGCUCUCGAAAAGAGUCAGCCAAUCUCUACAACUCACCGAGAAAUUCGCGACAGCCCAUGGAAAACGUUAGUACGACAAGGAAACUUAGUGCAAGGGAAGUACGUGUGGUCUAUCUGCGUUUACAAGAGCCAGUUGGUUCUGGUGAAGGAGAUGACCAUUCAGGCCGGUCGAGACGAGCUCGAGAAGAUGAAGAAACUGUCAGACCAUCCCCAUGUUUCAACUAUCAGACAGGCUUUCGAAACCGAGUCCUCGUUGUUCCUCCAGUUAGCAGAGAUGUCAACAAGCAAGUCAAGCUGGCUUGAUUCUUAUCGAUUGCAGAUCACAGACAAUAUAGAGGCUCGUGCACAGUGGCACGUCCCAGAGAAUGCCAACUUUGAAGAGUGCAUACAGGUGACAACUGAGAGCACGCCUAACCGCGACCUAGAGUGUCUAGGGAUAGUAGUGCUCCAAUGUAUGAACGGUACACCAAAGAAAGAACUACGGGAUCUGGUAGAGAUACGUCGUCUGCGAGAAUCUAAUAAGACAUUUGGUCUAGACAAUGGAGGGAAGUGGAGUGGCUAUAAAUUGCUUGUCGACUUUCUCGAUAAUAUGUUUAACGCGAAUGUACCCGCAAGUGCUAAACUUGAGAAGCCUCAUCGAUUCAUUGAGAGCGAGCCGAAUUAUGGCAUCCUAUUGCCGUUUCUAGAGUUAGUGUCGCUUGAGUGCUUCGCCCUCUGGCACGCCGCGGCGGUUAAGUCGUAA